GGCGAGUCCGGGCAGAGCCGAGGGGCGGCGGAGCGAGAGAAGGCUAUCUGGGCAGCACGUCCAGUCGGAGACCGCCCAGGCCCGCGACAGGAGCCAGACGCGCAGGGCCGAGAGGAGAGCAGACAUGCUCCCGGAGAUAGCCGCCGCCGUGGGCUUCCUCUCCAGCCUUCUGAGGACUCGGGGCUGCGUGAACGAGCAGCGACUGCAGGUGUUCCGCGGGGCUCUCCAGGCGGCGCUGACGGAGCACUACAAACACCAUUGGUUUCCUGAAACACCAUCCAAGGGCUCUGGCUACCGCUGCAUCCGCAUCAACCACAAGAUGGACCCCAUCAUCAGUAAAGUGGCUAGCCAGAUUGGACUCAGCCAGCCUCAGCUGCACCGAUUGCUGCCCAGUGAGCUGACCUUGUGGGUGGACCCCUAUGAGGUGUCCUACCGCAUUGGGGAGGACGGCUCCAUCUGCGUCCUGUACCAGGAGGCCCCAGCGGCCACAUCCUAUGGACUUCUCACCUGCAAGAACCAAAUGAUACUGGGCAGGAGCAGUCCUUCAAAGAACUACAUCAUGGCAGUCUCCAGUUAGAUCACUUGCCAGCCCCAGCUGGCACUCUGCUGUACUCAGCUCUGCUGUGAGAGCAGGCCACUGCGUAUCUCAACCUGGGGAACUGUAUUUUAAAUGAAGAGCUAUUUAUAUAUAUAUAUAUAUAUAUAUUUUUAUUUUUAUUUUUUUUAAGAAAAGAGGAGGAAAAAACCAAAAGAUUUUUUAACGAAAAAAAACCUUAAAGGAUGCUGCUUCUAAGUGGCCUCCGCAGGUGCCUUUGGGGAGAAUUGUGUGCUUGAGUCUGGGAGCCAGUGUCUGCCUGUGGGAGGGAGGAAUGGUGUUCUGGCCCAGGUGAGAGAAGUUUGGCUAACACCCCAGGAAGGUGUGGGAGGGAGCAAACAAGAUUAGCAACUGUGAACAAGAGAGGUCAGGAUCUGUCCUGGGAGAGAAAAGAGGCUGAGUUCAAACUUCUCACUCUCCCAACCAGGACACCUGCACCCCUGGCCCCUCUCUUACUCAAGGGCAUUCAAGCCUGGACUUAAGUCAUACUAUAUUGCCUAAUCUUCUCUUUUAUUUUUAUUUUUUUAUGAGCUCCUAGGCACAGAAUGAAAAGGCCUUUCCUAAUUCCUUCUGUCCUGAGUAGCUUUUCUUGAAAUUGUGACUUGUUUCUAAUUCUAUUCUCAGAGACCUGUAGAUGUUGCUUCCCACCAAGAAUAUAAAGCUUUUUGUUCUGGAGGUCAGGGGAGUGAGGCAGGGGUUGGAGGUUACUGGAGUCGGGACAGAAGGGCAUCAUGUACCGACCCUUGCCUUGCUGUAAUGCUAUUCCGUGUGGCGAUUAACUUGGGGGUGACUUGGAAUUUUAGAAUCCAAAGAGUAUCCACUGGGAUGUUUUUUUGGCCAAAACUCUUCUUUUUGUAACCAGAUGGAAGUCCUAAUGAUGCUACCAUCAUCUGUUCGAGAGGUAGCUCAGAAGCUACAGGGAACUUCAGGUCCUUGAUUAUUGCCUUCUUUUUAAAAGCACACACUCCUCCCCAACUGCCCCCCCCCCUUAACCCACGAACCCUACCCCACACCCCUCCCCUUCUGGUUGGGUCAUGGAACUCCCCUAUUUUCUAGGACAGGAGUUCUCAGUCACUGUGCAAUAUGGCCUCCUGGGUCCCAGGAAGAGCUGGAGGAGAACUGGCUGUCACAACCUCCUGGCGCCCUGGUGGGCUUAGGAAACUCUCUCUCUUUCUGUCCUCAGGACUAUGGAUUUAUGCUCAGCCUUGCAGGUAUUUCUUGGCUGAAGGAGAGAAUGCCCCAAGUUACUGCUUGGUACUCUUAUAGAACUGACUGUAACAGCCAGACCUUGGGCAUUGUUUUUUCCUCGGUGGUGCUCAGAGCACCCGUGGGAGAGGCUGCCGUCUCGCUCCCUACAAUCCAAGCUUGUCUACAGACUUGUGCAAUAGUUACUGUGCUGAGUCUGAGGAAAAUGGAAAAUUCCACAGGGAAGAAAUCCCAUUGCUUCAGUUUCUCAGUGACAUUGGUGAGGGGUCUUCAAGCCGUGAGUUCCCCAGACCCAAGUCCCCUUGCGAAGGCCACAGCUGGGUGUCUGGUGAACCUGGCUGCUGUCCCGCUGUUGCCCGUAGUGAGGGACUUUUCUCUCCACUGCCGGUCCCCUUUCCUGGAUUUCUUAACUACUCGAUUCUGACUCAGAGGUGCUAUUUACCAAACACUCUCCCUACCCAUUCCUGCCAGUUCUGCCUCUUGAACUUUGCAAAUCCCAAGCUCCCUUCCCAGGCCCUGUUUCCAGUCCUUAUUGCUUUAAUGUUGACUUCAGGCCGGUAGACCCAAGUGCUCAUUUUCUGGCAUAUGGGUUGAAACAAAGCUGUGAAUCCCUGCAGAUUGUUGUUACAUCUUGUCUGCAAACAGUUUCCUGCCUUUUUAUAAGCAGCCUGGUGGUUUCAUACUUAAUCCUUUCUCUCUUCUUUUUGACAUUCACUUUAAAAACAAUAAACACCCAGAGCUGGACUGUUGAGCAGGCCUGUCUCUCCUUUUAAGUAAAAAUAAAUACAUUUGUAAGCUAUUCUGACAGAAAAGACAAAGGUUACUAAUUGUAUGACAGUGUUGUUAUAUGGAAGAAUGUACAGCUUUAUGGACACAUGUACACUUUUUGGGUUACUUUAAUAAUAAAAAUGUAGCAGAUGAA